ACGUCUGCAUUGCAGGCGAUCGGAUUCGGAUCGACGACGACGAGAUGAAGCAAAAGAUCGUGAUCAAGGCGUGCAUGCCGUGCGACGGGUGCCGGGCCAAGGCGCUGGGGGUGGCCGCGAAGGCGGACGGGGUGAUCUCGAUGGCGAUCACCGGCGACGACAGGGACCGGCUGGAGGUCGUCGGCGUCGGCGUCGACGUGACCUGCCUCGUCGUCUGCCUGCGCAAGAAGGUCCGCUUCGCCGACGUCCUGCAGGUGGAGGAGGUGAAGGAGGAGAAGAAGCCCGAGGAGAAGAAGCCGGAGGAGAAGACGCCGGAGCCGUGCUGCCCGUGCCCUCCUCCGCCUCCGUACUGCUACUACCCGCCGCCGCCGAUGAUCGUCUGCGACGACCCCACCCCGGCCUGCUCCAUCAUGUAAUCAAUCAGUCGCACAUCGUCAGCAAUCAAGUACACCGAUCGACUGAACGGAUCAUGCGUAUCGAUCGGUGCACGCAUGGCUAGUACCAAAUCACACAGCAUCGUAUGAUCGUAUCAUCUGUUGUUGUUUCGCCUCUUGUUUAAUAUAAUCCACGCUUAAUUGUCAACGGAAACAGAAAACUACAGUGUAUGUACGGAGUAUUUGUCAAUGUUGAAUUGUUCAGAAGCAUGAUUAAU